UUGGUUUCAUUGCAAAUUGCAAUUCCUGGCAUUAUUCUGAGAGAGAACAGAAUAACAAGAACAUCCCUUCCAAUUAAUUCACCACCUUUCCCUCUAUCCCCAACACAGAUUACCCACUAUUUUCUUUUCCAUAUUCCAGUUAUCAUACAUUUAUAUUAUCAUUCAAUAUUCAUGGCGUCCAGUUUUGAUCGAUGGGAAAAAGAUCCUUUCUUUAGUGCUGCCGAAGAAGUUCAGGAAUCUUCUGACCGGAUGGAAUCUAUCUAUAGAACAUGGAUUCACGCAAUGAAGGAUGCAUCCAGCCUGUGGAACUGCGAUGAAGCCCGCCGAGAUCUACAAACUGCCAUUGGCACUGCUAAAUGGCAGUUAGAGGAAUUUGAACGGGCUACUCGGUCAAGUUAUAGCAAAGUUUCAACUGAGGAUGCGAGAAAUAGACACCGAGAUUUUGUUGAUGCCAUCCGUGACAAGAUCAGCAAUGUUGAACAUUUGUUACUAGAACCUGUUCAUUCAGGUAGCAAGGCAUCUCUGCCUUGGCCACGUCUGGAUGAAGGAGAGCGUGAUGAACUCGCAUCAUUUCUUUCGGGAACAUCGGCUGCUGUUUGCAAAAUUCCUGUGAAGUGUGCCAGCAGAGAUGGUGAAAAUGUGCAGUUAAGUGACAAAGAUUCUAUCCCUAAUUGUUCAAGCAAUUUACAUGUUUCAUCUGGGUGGGUUUCGUCUGAUGCAGCACAAGAAAAGUCACUUGGGCAUCGCAGGGCAGCUAGUGCUGAUCCUGACAUUGGUUCUUGGCAAAUCACUGUUUCUGAUGGUGUGCAAGAAUCAAAUUCCUCCAAUGGUUCUUCCAGUCUAAAUCCUGUACACAAGGUAGCAAGUCUCUCUGGAUUUUUUGGUUCCGUGGAAACUAUCUCUAAGUUGAAGUGGCCGAAGAAUGGUUAUAGAAAGCUGAAACCAGUGAAUCAUUGUGAAGAAACGGAUAAUGCACUAAUACCAUCAGCUGGAUUGAAUGGGGGCAACAAUGCAUACUAUGAAAAAAGUAAGACUUGCCUUGAUAAUUAUGACGAAUCUUAUGAUAAGCAACUCCACGGGUGGUACGGGGCUUUGCAAAGGCAGCUUCAAAGAUCUCAAUACCAAAUGCAAUACAAUCGGCAUGUUCAAAUAACUAUCUGGGCUGUUAUUCUCCUUUGCUUGAUUGUUUUUAUUGCUUUUUGCACGAUGUAGAAAGGAAGAUUUUGUUCCAUUAUUUAUCACUUUCUGGAAUGCGGCAGGCAGAAUCAGCGGAGCCUUGAUUCGAGUUCAUAAAUUACUUUUUCUGGUUCUCUUUGGCAUACAUGUUCUGAUGUAACAUUUUAAUGCUUUGACAUCACUGUUUAGAGUCUUCCAUUACACCCAGUGUAGCACUUCCUAGCUGUUUUUCUCUUCAUGGCAUUUUUCACCUAUUUUAGAAUGGUCUCAGGAAGAGUGUUUUAUUCUCUCUUCGCUUUUGUACUAUAUCAGGAGAUACAGAUGUACAGGACUAAUUGAAUGAACAGUAACCAAUAUAAUUUCUCA